AUGUCAUCUGAUGUUGUUCUUAGCUACCACGAGUCUCUGUUACACAACAGCGAUUUGGAUACUUUGAGAGAAGGCCAUUUCGUAAACGACAACAUAAUUACAUUUCACCUAGAGUAUCUGCGGCAUACAAAACUAUGCCAGUCACACAAUAUUCUCUUAAUGGACCCAGCCGCGUCUCAUUUAUUGAAGUUGAUGGAAAAAGAAUCUGUGGGACUGGUUUUGGAUCCGUUAGAGUGCGGUACUAGGGAUUGGAUAUUUUUAGUCAUCAAUGACGCUGUAUCACGUGUUUCAUCCGGUGGAUCUCACUGGUCACUGCUUGUUUACUCCCCCUUUUUUAAGUGCGCUUACCACUUGGACUCUUUGGAUUCCACCCCUAAUUAUUCGGAGGCAAUAAGUUUGUCUCACAAGUUGUCUAAUUAUCUUGGUAUUUCGCUUGUGAAUGUAAAGCCCCUUGAUGUUCUAAAGCAAAAUAAUGGGUAUGAUUGUGGGAUAUUUUGUAUGGUCUUUAUAGAGAUCAUAUGUGACAUGAUAUUAAAGGGUGAUGUGUCUUGGCAAUCUGGUCUACCUAGUGAAUUGGUUUCGCAUCAAGUGACAUCCAAAAGAAAGUCAUUACUUGAAUGUAUCAGUAAUCUUUGCUCGGCAAAUAUUUAG